AUGAACCCCCAAGAAGCUUACAGUCCCCCAAAUCAACAAAAUCAACAAUUUUUUUCUUAUGAGAAUAACCCAUCCGAUGUUUCAUUAAAAUAUCAACAUUCGGAAUCAAAUUAUGAAUACGCAUCACGGAAACCACCGUUUUCAACAGACGAUGAUGUUACGACGAAUAGAUCGUUGACUGACGGUUGGAUGUUCCGACCACCGGAGAAUGGCCAUGUUAUCACCACUGGCGAAAUGAUAAGUCGAAUUGUGCAAUAUUACGAGAUGUUUGCAGUAAACGUAUUCCUACUUGGCUAUAAUGUUCUGAAAAACGCGAAAGCCGGUGUUUCCAGUUCCACCUACAAUAAUGUUCUCUUUGAUGCCUGCUCUGAUCGCUUCGUCAUCGAACAAUUUGACUUCUGCGCUGCCUCAAGAUUGAUAUGGGUUCUCAUCGGCGGUGCCGUUAUCUAUUUCGUCUUCACAUCUAUUGUCGCAUUUGGGUUAUACUUGGAACUCAAACGAAAGGGAUACGAUGCAUCGUUUACAGCAUUAUGGCAUUCUCCCGUAUUCGUUUUGUGCUAUUUUUAUGAGGACCGACGGAGGGUAGAUAUCUUGAGAAUACCAAACAAGUAUGUGAAGUUAAGCAUCUGGACACGAACACAUGUGCAUAAGAUUUCGUUGGCGUUGUAUUGUCUUUUUUGUAUGAUUUUUAUCUUGAUUUCGUUGGCUCAUGGAACCGCCGAAAAAUCACGAAUAGACGGCGAAGGUUUCGAUAAGGGACUAAAAAAAUAUUACAACCCGUAUCUGAUACCUUAUUAUCUUGCCUUGUAUAUAUUCUCAAAAACGCUAUUGGAAAUGUUGAUUAGCAUAUUUCAAGAUAAAAAUUUAAGGAACGAGCCAGAAAGAAUAGGAAGAGAAUAUUCAUCCUUCAAGAAGAAUGAAUAG